AUGGCCGCAGCAAUCAAGGCCCUCAAUGCGAAGAUUCGCUCCAACCCCUACACCGACUACCUCUGCUCGACCCGUGAGUGCUCCGCGAGGACAAGACUCCGACGUUGCGCUGCGACCAAGCACAAUCACAAGCAUCCAGUCUUGCGCUCGCCCGUCGCCCACCAUGCCGCACUCAUACUGACAUGA